UUGUUGUUAUUAUUUCAUUGUUAUUGCUAUUGUUGUUAUUUAUUGUUUUUAUUGUUAUUAUUUCAUUGUUAUAAUUUGUUAUUAAUUCAUUGUUACCAUUGUUAUUGUUAUUAUUUGUUAUUGUUACCGGUAACGUAGGAGCGCAAGCGGCAGCGAUAAAUGUAACGAAAUUCGCAUCGUUACAAUUAGCGUACAACAAUAAUCGAUAACUUAUUUACUAAUCUAUUAACUUUAAUAAUAAUCUAUGAACUUUAAUAAUUAGAAAGUCAUUGUCUUCUAUAAACUCUUUAAUAAUAGUCUAUUAACUAUUUAAUAUUAUAUCUAAUCUUAUAAACUAUUUAAAACUAAUCUGUAAUCUCAGCUAUUUGAUAACAGUUUAUAAUCUAUAAACUAUUCUCGAGUAAUCUAUGAACUAUUUAAUAUCUAUUAUCCAUAAACUAAUAGCAAUCUAUAAGCUAUUAAAUAAUCUAUAAACUUUAAUACUAAUCUGUAAUCUAUAAACUAUUUAAUAGCAAUCUAUAAACUAUUAAAUAAUCAUCUGUAAUCAUCUAUAAACUAUUUAAUAGCAAUCUAUAAACUAUUAAAUAAUCAUCUAUAAACUAUUUAAUACUAAUCUGUAAUCUAUAAACUAUUUAACAUUAACAACUUUAGGCUAAUUGAAUUAGGGGGUGGGUGACGCUAUGACGUCAUCUUUACGUCACGUGACUCGCCCGGUCUGGCCGGGGAGGGGCGGGGCCGCGUGGGGGGCGGGGCGGAGCUCGUUGCUGGCCCCGCCCACGGAGCCGCCGGGCUCCUCCCCCCGCCACCGCCUCCACCAAUCGGCGGCGUCGUCGUCGUCACAAUCUCAGCACGAGGCGAUCAAGGAGCGGGCCAAAGCGGUGACCUACUUCUACAAGCAAUCAGCAGUAGACACAGCGAGAUACAAGCCGUCUGUGCGUCUGACCCCGACGGCUAUGCUCUAUGCCGGGAGGUUUGCCGACCGCAGCCACCUCCUGAAGAGUGCUCGCUAUCUGAGGAUGGAGUUGCCAGUACGUCUGGCUCACCAGAUCAGCGACUUGAGGAACAUUCCCUUCAUGUCCGCCUGUCACCCGGCCCUGCUGUGUGUGCACGAGUCUUACAUCCGCAGUUUCCAGUGUCUGUCCGACUUCCCUCCGAUCGUGGACCUGGAGGGGGAGUCUCGCUACACGGAGCUGCUCCAGCAUCUCCUCCAUGAGCACAGAGACACAGCGACACUGCUGCUACGCGGAGUGCGAGACACAAAGAGACAGGCCCAGCAGGAGGAUCUCCGCACGUUCCUGGACCGGGUACUCACCGCCCGGCUGGGCAUGCGAAUCCUGGUGUCUCAUCACUUGGCACUGCACGUGGACACGCCGAAUCACCUGGGCAUCAUCAACACUCGAAUGUCUCCCAAGCAGCUCGUGGAGAAGUGUGCAGAGUUUGCACGGCGCGUGACGGAGCGUCGUUUCGGGUCAGCGCCCUCCGUCCGUGUGACCGGACAUGUGGCCGCCUGCUUCCCGUACAUCCAAGCACCGCUGGAAUAUGUCCUACCUGAGCUGCUGGUGAAUGCCAUGCGUGCCAGCAUGCAAUGCCACGUGGGGUCUGGGUCCAGCGUUCCUGACGUGGUGGUCACCAUCGCCAACAACGACAUCGACUUCAUCUUCAGGAUAUCCGACCGGGGCGGAGGGAUACCGCACGAGGUUAUGGGGCCCGCCAUGGACUACUUUUUCACGACGGAGGCCGCGAGGGCUGAGGAGUGGCGUGGCGGUGACGGGGCCCAGUGGCAGGCGACUGAGGAGGAGGAGGAGGAGGAGGAGGCGGUGGAGGCAGUGGGCGGGAUGAGCGACGCGGAGCGCCACAUGGCGGAGAGCCGCUUACAGCAUGGACCCUGGCACGGGCACGGUGUGGGCCUGGCGCUGUCCAGAGCCUUUGGCGCCUUCUUGGGCGGCUCUCUGGCGCUGCGCUCCAUGCAGGGCAUCGGCACGGACGUCUACCUGCGCCUGCGGCACAUCGACGGGCGCCAGCCCAGCUUCCGCCUGUAGCCCCUGGGGCACACCCAGCCACCGCCUGUAGCACCUGGGACACACCCAGCUUCCGCCUGUAGCCCCUGGGACACACACACACACCGCCUGUAGCACCUGGGACACACAGCCACCGCCUGUAGCACCUGGGGGACACACACCGCCUGUAGCACCUGGGAGACACACACACACAGCCACCGCCUGUAGCACCUGGGACACGCACAGCCUGUAGCACCUGGGGGACACACACACACACCGCCUGUAACACCUGGGGCACACACACACACCGCCUGUAGCACCUGGGGGAGACACACACCGCCUGUAGCAUCUG